GCCCGGGCGGGGUCUGCGUCUGGCUGGGGAGGGUGAAGUCGGUGAACUCGAACUCGGAGCCCUGCGUGUCGGCGCCGAGCAGCUCGGCCUCCUCGGUGUCCAGGAAGGAUAAAGCCCAGCCUGAAACAACGUGUACCAGAUCUGCGGCUGCUGGGCUGAAAAGAUGGAGAUUGGAAAACAUCCUUGUCCUGGGAAUAUUGUGCAGCAAAAGGAUGGGAAAAAACAAAUCCAGGGAGCACAGGAGUCUCCACUUCUGCAGAGAGACUGAAUUCGUCUUCCUUUGAAGCAGAAUAAACUGUUCAGACCAAAGCAUAACGGGGAGAAGCAUAAAAUAACAUUUGAAGAUGAAAGUGGAGCCGGAGCGGGGGGAAAAGAAUUAUAGUACAAAGCCAGUGUUUUGUGCAAGUUUUCUGCCUCAAACCCAGGCUGCUGCAGAGGAGAGGCUGUGACUCACCGGGCUUGACUGCUGUGCUGCCAGUAUGGAAUUUAAACGGGCAAAAGCUGGCACAACUCCCUGCAAACGCUGCUGAGCCUCCCGUCGCCCUGCAGAUCAGAAGCUGGGAUUCACAAGGAGAUAAAAACGGUUAAAUCCAUAGGGAAAAAAACUGGGAAUGAGUUUUUCCAGUGCCAUUUCUCCUGAGUUACCACGAGAGGGACACAGAAGGAAAGCAAAAGGAGCUGGGAGAGAAAGAAUCCAAGGACCAGCUCGAGGUUUAAUUGGGGAUACACAAAUAUUCCCAGAACAAGUCACAGGGAUGCAACUCCAUGAAGGAAAAGGAGGAGAUUUUGGCCAAAAUCCAAGGAUUUUGAAUGAAGAAAGUUCUCAGAAAUUAAGGAUGCUGUUUUCUUCCCCAUUUAUGAAAUUUGAACCAUGACAAGGCUGGGCCACCUUGCAGGGGAAGACAGGGACUGGCACCUUGGGACCUGGAUGGUUCUUUCAACCUGGAGCAAAAAGCCCAAAGGAAAUAACCUGGCUUGUCAAUUGUGUGGUUUUGAUCCCAGCCGGCCGCUGCCCGGUGCCGCCGCCCGCCCGGCCGCCGCCUUCAGCCGGAAUCCCGGGAAUGCCGCGGGAGCAGGAGGAGAAGUUGGGCCAGAAAUGCUGCAAGAAAUGAGGGAAACCAACCGGGUGCUGCUGGAAGUUCGGGAUCUGUUGAAGCAGCAGAUCAAGGAGAUCACGUUCCUGAAGAACACGGUGAUGGAGUGCGACGCCUGUGGGAUGCGGCCGGAGGUGACGGGCCCGGUGGUGACGGUGACGCAGUUCAGCCGCUGUGUGCCCAACCCCUGCUUCCCCGGCGUGCCCUGCACCGAGAGCGGCGGCGGCUUCCGCUGCGGGCCCUGCCCGGCCGGCUACACCGGGAACGGCACGCACUGCGCCGACGUCAACGAGUGCAAUGCCAACCCCUGCUUCCCGAAAGUCCAGUGCAUUAACACCAACCCCGGCUUCCGCUGCGACCCCUGCCCGCCCGGCUUCACCGGGCAGCUGCUGGAAGGGGUGGGCCUGGCCUUUGCCAGGGCCAACAAGCAGGUGUGCACCGACAUCAACGAGUGUGAGACUGGAGCUGCCACCAAUUGUGUCCCAAACUCCAUCUGCAUCAACACUCGGGGAUCCUACAAGUGCGGGGCCUGCAAGCCGGGCUUUGUGGGGGAUCAGAUCAGCGGCUGCCGGAGCCAGACGGCCCCAGGGACGCGGCGCUGCCCCAACGGCGAGAUCAGCCCGUGCCACGAGAAAGCCGAGUGCAUCGUGGAGAGGGACGGCUCCCUGUCCUGCCAGUGCCUCGUGGGGUGGGCAGGGAACGGCUACGUGUGCGGGAAGGACACGGACAUCGACGGGGUCCCCGACGAGAAGCAGCGCUGCUCCGACAAGAAAUGCCGCAAGGAUAACUGCAUGACCGUGCCCAACUCGGGCCAGGAGGACGCGGACCGGGACGGCAUCGGCGACGCCUGCGACGAUGAUGCCGAUGGAGACGGGAUCCCGAACGCUGAGGACAACUGUGUGUACACGAGGAACGCCGACCAGCGCAACGCCGACAAGGACAACUUUGGGGACGCGUGUGACAACUGCCGGCAGGUGAAGAACAACGACCAGAGGGACAUCGACGGCGACGGCCGGGGCGACGAGUGCGACGAGGACAUGGACGGGGACGGGAUCAAAAACCCCAUGGACAACUGCAGGAGAGUGCCCAACCCUGACCAGAGGGACGGGGACGGGGACGGCGUGGGGGACGCCUGUGACAGCUGCCCCACCCUCAGCAACCCUGACCAGAAAGACACUGACCACGAUCUGGUGGGGGAUGUCUGUGACACCAACCAGGACAGCGACGGGGACGGGCACCAGGACUCGCGGGACAACUGCCCCACGGUGCCCAACAGCUCGCAGCUGGACACGGACGGCGACGGGCUGGGCGACGAGUGCGACGAGGACGACGACGACGACGGCGUCCCCGACUUCAGGCCCCCGGGCCCCGACAACUGCCGGCUGGUGCCCAACCCCACCCAGGAGGACUCGGAUGGGGACGGCGUGGGGAACCUGUGUGAGGAUGACUUCGACAGGGACAUGGUGAUCGACAGGAUCGACGUCUGCCCCGAGAACGCCGAGGUGACGCUCACUGACUUCAGGGCCUUCCAGACCGUGGUGCUGGACCCCGAGGGGGACGCUCAGAUUGACCCCAACUGGAUCGUCCUCAACCAGGGCAUGGAGAUUGUCCAGACCAUGAACAGCGACCCUGGCCUGGCUGUAGGGUACACGGCCUUUAACGGGGUGGACUUCGAGGGCACCUUCCACGUCAACACGGCCACGGACGACGACUACGCCGGGUUCAUCUUCGGCUACCAGGACAGCUCCAGCUUCUACGUGGUGAUGUGGAAGCAGAUGGAACAGACCUACUGGCAGGCCAACCCCUUCCGGGCCGUGGCAGAGCCCGGGAUUCAGCUGAAGGCAGUGAAAUCCAAAACCGGCCCUGGGGAGUACCUCAGGAACUCCCUGUGGCACACGGGAGACACCACGGACCAGGUGAAGCUGCUCUGGAAGGACCCCCGGAAUUCCGGCUGGAAGGACAAGACCUCGUACCGCUGGUUCCUGCAGCACCGGCCCCAGGUCGGCUACAUCAGGGCUCGGUUCUACGAGGGCCCCGAGGUCGUGGCAGACACUGGGGUUGUCGUGGACACCACCAUGAGAGGGGGACGCCUCGGGGUCUUCUGCUUCUCCCAGGAGAACAUCAUCUGGUCCAACCUCCGCUACCGCUGCAACGACACCAUCCCAGAGGACUACGAGACGUUCCGGUUCCAGCAGGACUAAUCCCCGCGGAGCGUCCCCGCAGCCCGUCCUGCUUCCCUCCGUGCUCGCCCGCCCGCUCCCGCUCUGGAAUCUGCCCCGAGAGCUGUCAGCACCUCCCAGCGCCCCCACAGCCUCCAGCUCCCCUUCCCCACCAGCAGAUCCCUGAAAACGCUCCACAGAUCCUCUGGGAGGGGCAGAGGUGGAGACAGGGAGUGUGACCAGAAGCGGAGCUGCUGCAGGCCCGGCUCAGGGCCGCGCUGGGAGCUGCCUGCAGCAGCUGCAAUGGUUGGAGAAGGUUUGGCGUGGACGAUUCCCAGGAAUCUUCUCCCUGCUCCAAGGCUCCAGAGUGUCAGUGUUGUUUUCCUUUUCAAGACCUGCUGCAAAGCAAACUCAGCACGAGUCUGGGAGGGACGCGCGGAGCAGCCUCGGUACAAGUUGCUCACUUUAAUAAAUGAAAAAGCACUUUAAGGAGAGAAUCUUUGCUCUGGAAUGUUGGAAAAGGAACACUUGGAAUGCUGGAUAAUAAAUUCUAGAUUUCUCCUUG